AUGGCAACGUUUUCAGCUCAAGACGCAUUAGACGUCAAGAAGAUGCAACCCUUUGACACUCAUGAUGUCGAAGCCGAUAUUAAGCAAGGCACCGUCGAAGACCUUGAUGAAGCAGAGCUGUUUCUCCAACAACAUGGCAUUCCUCACUCUCGACUAAACGAGCUCAUGGCCGAUGAGGAAGCUCUCAAGAAACUCCGCCGAAAAGUCGACUGGACUCUUAUGCCGCUUCUCUGCGGUACAUACCUCCUCCAAUACGUCGACAAGCAGGCAUUGGGCUACUCAGCCGUCUUUGAUCUGUUCACAACCACAGGAAUGACUCCUGACGAAUACUCCUGGAUGGCAUCAAUCUUCUACUUUGCCUACCUCGUCGCCGAGUGGCCAGCAUCAUACCUCACCCAGCGUCUCCCCACAGGCACAGUCGUGAGCAGUUUCGUCAUCAUCUGGGGUGCCAUCCUCUGCCUUACAGCAGCCUGCCACAACUUCACCGGCCUCGCCAUCUGCCGUUUCCUCCUCGGUACCUUUGAAGCCGUCAUCACACCAGCCUUUAUGCUCAUCGUAUCACAAUGGUUCCGCCGCGAGACGCAGCCUUCCCGCGCAGGUCUCUUCUACUGCUUCAACGGAUUCGGCGCCAUGUUCGGCGGCAUUCUGUUCUACGGUGUCGGUCAAGCAAAGGGCUGGGCCGUGUGGCGUACCAUCUACGUGCUCUGCGGUGGAAUGACCAUCUGCUGGGGCAUCGUUCUGUUCUUCUUCCUGCCCAACAACAUCCUCACUGCUAAGCGAUACACCAUUGAGGAGCGGGCCAUGCUUAUUGCACAGAGCGCGAGGAACAAGACGGGUGUGUUUAACCGCAAGAUCAAGUGGAACCAGAUCCGCGAGGUUUUCUCUGAUAUGCAGAUCUGGCUACUGUUCUUCUACGUUCUUCUCAACGAGAUCAUCAACGGUGGUAUUGCCAACUUCUCAAAGCUUAUCGUCAAGGGCUUCACACAUGAUGCGCUGCUCACUACAGCGUACGGUAUCCCGUAUGGUGCUUGCAACGCCAUCUUCAUGUUCACUGGCCCUUUUGUGGCGUCCAAGUUUAAGAACGUCCGAACUAUUGUGAUGUGUGUUUGGCUCAUCCCUACACUUAUUGCCGUGAACCUCUUCUGGCAGCUUCCUCGAAGCAACAAGGGUGGUUUACUCGCUGGUUAUUACAUGUGCGCAUCUUUCGUCGGUGCCCUCAUCGUCGCUCUCCAAAUGCCCGCUUCAAACGUCGGUGGUUACACCAAGCGUACCACUGCCACAGCCUUUGUCUUCCUGGCCUACUGUAUCGGCAACAUCAUCGGUCCUCACGGCUGGGUUGGCUCCGAGGCACCUAUUUACCAGACCGGCUGCAAGCUUAUCAUUGGCUGUGUAGCAGGCCAAGUUGUAAUUGCCAUCAUUCUGCGUUUUGUGCUCAUCCGUCGAAACCGUCUCCGUGAUGAGCAAGGACCUGUUAUUGAGGACGAGAACGCCGCGUUGCAGGAUCUCACUGAUUUCGAGAACCCCAACUUCCGUUACUCUUACUAG